GUCAUCACUCCAUGUAGGAAGCUCAUCUUGUGUGCCGAUAACAGGAAAGAAAUGGAAGAGUGGAUCGCAGCACUGAAGACCGUCCAGAACAGGGAGCACUUUGAGCCUACCCAGUACAGCAUGGACCAUUUCUCAGGGAUGCACAAUUGGUACGCCUGCUCCCAUGCGAGGCCGACCUACUGCAAUGUGUGCCGGGAGGCUCUGUCCGGGGUCACGUCACAUGGGCUGUCCUGUGAAGUGUGCAAAUUUAAGGCCCACAAACGGUGUGCUGUGCGUGCAACCAACAACUGCAAGUGGACCACGCUGGCCUCCAUUGGGAAGGACAUCAUUGAGGACGAGGACGGGAUCGCCAUGCCGCACCAGUGGCUGGAAGGAAACCUGCCCGUGAGUGCCAAGUGCACGGUGUGCGACAAGACGUGUGGCAGCGUGCUGCGCCUGCAGGACUGGCGCUGCCUCUGGUGCAAGGCCAUGGUGCACACGUCAUGUAAAGAGUCCUUACAGACCAAGUGCCCGCUGGGCCUGUGCAAGGUGUCGGUCAUCCCGCCCACUGCGCUCAACAGCAUCGAUUCUGAUGGCUUCUGGAAGGCCACGUGCCCUCCGUCCUGCACAAGCCCAUUGUUGGUCUUUGUCAAUUCCAAAAGUGGGGACAACCAGGGUGUGAAGUUCCUCAGAAGAUUCAAACAGCUGCUGAACCCCGCCCAAGUCUUUGACCUCAUGAACGGAGGACCACACCUCGGCUUACGCUUAUUCCAGAAGUUUGAUACAUUCCGGAUUCUGGUUUGUGGUGGGGAUGGCAGUGUUGGCUGGGUUCUCUCUGAAAUCGACAGCCUCAAUCUUCAUAAACAGCGUUAA